UAAUAAUAUUGUGAAUUAUCCAUAUUUUGAUUCUCGAAUAUCAACAACUAAAUAGCUAUCAAGAAACCGGUUUGAAAUUUGUCCUUGAAUAGUUUCGAUUAUGUUUACAUAAACAACGACGCAAGCAACAAAAUAAACCGAUGUUUUGGAAUUCAAAUACUUUCACAUUAUUAGUUGCCUCAGUAUAAUAUUUUAAGGACUACAUUACUGUUCAAGACUUCGACAAAACCAGUGUUAAUUGUUCUUCCAAUAUUCGACAAAAACCACUAGAAAAAUGCCUAGUCUGUUAACAAAAGAACAACGGGAUGAGCUGUUGGCUCCAUUAUUUUCCAAUAAGUGGACUAUGGUGAAGGAUAGAGACGCUAUUUAUAAAGAAUUCUUGUUUGCUGACUUUAUCCAAGCAUUUGGGUUUAUGGCCCAAGUUGCAGUUAAAAGUGAAAAGAUGGAUCAUCACCCAGAAUGGUUCAAUGUUUACAAUAAAGUACAAGUCACAUUGGCUACUCACGACGUGAGCGGAUUAUCUACAAACGAUGUGAAUCUUGCCACGUUUAUGGACAAAAUCGAGAAAAAUAUUUAGAGACUUGUAGUAUAUUUUAAAAUAUACCUACUUGUAUAAUAUAAUCAAGUGAUCGCAUGCAAACUACAAGCAUUUCCAUCUAAAAUCAUUCCUGUUUACAGUAUUUAUUUCAAUAAUCACCUAUUGUUUUGAAAUUCAAAUGGUAAUUUACAUAAUUUAUUUAGCUGUUAAAAAUAAAUGUUUGUACUUAAAAAAAUAAAUAAUCAAUAAUAUGUUUAAAACGCUA